GUGAUGGUUGCACAUAAUGUUAAAAAUUUUGUCUUAUCCAGUUCUGCUACUGUUUAUGGUGAACCACAGUCUUUACCAUUAACUGAAAAGCAUCCUGUUGGAAAUUGUCAAAAUUCAUAUGGUAAUACAAAGCUUUGCUGUGAAUUAAUCUUAAAGGAUUUGUAUGGAUCUGAUCCCACAUGGAAUAUUAUUAGUUUACGAUAUUUUAAUCCAGUUGGUGCACAUGCCAGUGGACUGAUUGGUGAAGAUCCUCGAGGAAUUCCAAAUAAUCUAAUGCCUUAUGUAACUCAAGUAGCUAAAGGUUUAUUGCCCUAUGUAAAUGUUUAUGGAAAUGAUUAUCCAACAAUCGAUGGAACAGGUGUUCGAGAUUAUAUUCACGUUGUUGAUCUAGCUGAAGCGCAUACUAAAUCAUUGGAAAAAGUCAAACAGAAUUGUGGUUUUAAGAUUUAUAAUUUAGGCACAGGUCAAGGACAUUCUGUAUUACAAAUGAUACAAGCAAUGGAAAAAGCAAGUGGUAAAACUAUUCCUUAUACAAUUUGUUCAAGACGUUCUGGUGAUUGUGCAACGGUUUAUUCAGAUGCAUCAUUAGCUUAUCAAGAAUUAGGUUGGAAAGCAAAAUAUAACAUUGAU